CUCAACGAACCACUAGGCUCGGACCGAGGAACGCGCGGUAUAUAAAACAAAUUUGCCUCUUUAUCUAUCGAUUCCGUUACUUGGGCUCAUUGGAGGAAAUCGGAGAAUGGAGGAGGAAAAGCUAGAAAUCGUCGGACCAUUGGAGGAGCCGUUGAUGGGAAACAUCGUACCAGAGAAGAUCAACGGCUUGGAUUCGCUUUCUUCAUCAGAUACUGAUAGCGAGAAACCAGAUUCUCCCGUUCCGAUCAAUGCUCCGAUCUACCGGAUGUUUGGAAGAGAACGACCAAUUCACAUGGUUCUCGGCGGAGGUAAACCUGCUGAUGUGAUACUGUGGAGAGACAAGAAGGUCACCUUAGGAUUACUCAGUGUAGUAACUGUGAUUUGGCUUUUGUUUGGAUUUUGUGGUUGUCGUCUUCUCACAUCCAUUUGUCGUGGCUCGAUCCUCUUUCUGCUUCUAUCAUUCCUCUGGUCCAAUGCCCUCAACAAAUCUCCAGAGAACAUAAUGGAGAUUUAUAUCCCCGAGAAGCCAUUACUCCAAGCUGCUUCUGCGAUGACCUUUGAGCUUAACUGUGCUUUUGCAACCUUAAGGAGCAUUGCUUUAGAGAGAGACAUCAAGAACUUUGUUAUGGCACUCAUUGGACUUUGGCUUGUAUCGAUCAUCGGAAACUGGUUCAGCUUCUUGUCAUUGCUCUACAUCUGUUUUGUACUGAUUCACACGGUGCCAAUGCUUUAUGAGAAGUACGAAGAUGAGAUUGAUCCCAUUGCAGAGAAGGCUAUGAUUGAGAUGAAGAAGCAAUACCAAGUUUUUGAAGCCAAGGUUUUUAAGUAAGAUCCCUCAUUAGCCAAACUACUCAGAAAAUCGAAAUUGAAUUAGAUUCGCUUACUUAGUUUAGUUCAUUCAUUUAUUUUUUCCUUUUCUUUGGGGGUCCAAACCGUUUCGAGUCAUUCCUCUGUUCAUGUGAUUUUGGUUACUUCCUACUCAAGCCAUCUAAACUUUUGUGGAUACUACAAAAUAGGCUGGACCAUGAAAAUAAUUUCUAAAACUCUC